AUGAUUUUCUCCUUGAAUAGCAUUUUUAGGUAUAAUCGAUUGGUACGACCGACAGCAAACGCAAAUGAUACGAUUCGUAUUGAGUUCAAGUUAAAGCUCAAUCAAAUCGUCGACGUACACGCGAAGCACCAAACGCUUACAGUGAUUGGAUGGCUGCUCCAUCAUUGGUACGAUUAUCGUCUAUCCUGGAAUCCGGAAGAGUACGGUGGUGUGAAAAAUCUAUACGUUCCAGGCGAGAUGAUUUGGUUACCGGACAUUAUUCUUUACAAUAAGAUUCAUAUAUCGGUGAACCUUGCAGCCAAUAUUCAUUCCAUUACCUCUGCGAUGCUACGAAUGUGGUUGAAUCCAUUGCGCAUUCCUAAAGGAUAG